UUUUUUCUUGUAUUUUCUCAUUUUUUUGCUGUGGACGCUGGCUGGUCAUUUUUUCCAGAUAUAUCGUGUUAUGGUGUCGUCUCACUUCCGCCUAUAUGUUUAAUUCGGUGUAGACUUCAUAAAGUGAUGAUCCCUUUGUCUUCAAGAGUACACAUAUUGCUGUCAGUGCUAAUUGAAGUAUAUUGAACGAAAGUUAACUCUAUUUUUUUAUUACGGUGCAGUGCUAAUAUAACUGUUUUUCUAAAGUGUAGCUAAAUAAUAUAAAACUGCAAGAUUUGAUCUUUUUUUGGAUUACAUUACCGCAUCAAAAAAAAAAUAGAAAAGCAUUAAAUUUUCCAGUUAUUGCUGUGGAAAAAUGGCAGAAAAGCAUGCGGGUAUUGUAAUGGUGGCAGCAACGGUCGGCUUCGACAGCUGAUGUGUGGUCGCGACAGCGCUGCUCGGUGUAGCGACGUUUUUCGUUUGCUAAUAUAAAUGUUUCACUCGCACCUGCAGCUGAAUUGAUAAACGAAAACUGGCCCUUUUCAUCGAGCGCAUUGGCUACGUAGUUGCCACUAUAUUGCUAUUAGAAGUCUUAAAACAGUGACUGUUAACUGUGGUGCAGGUGCGUUGGCAUCAAGGACAGAAGCAGUAAGUGUGACAACAAUGGUUGUUGGUUCAAGUCAUCAGCGACGUGGUGGUGGUGAUUCUGGCAACAAUAUAAGAUCCAACACGGUCACCUCCACCACCAGCAGUACCUCUGGAUACAAUCAUUCCGCACAUAACAACGGUCAUCAUCAUAUUUCUAACAAAUCCAACUCAAUGUCUACACAUACUAAUGGUGGCGGUGGUAGCGGUUCCAAUGGUCAUCAAAAUUCAUAUAAUGUGUUUAACAACGGCUAUCAAUUAGGAAGCAAUGGAAUCACAAAUGGUUCUUCCGGUAACAGCGUCAUACGGCUUUCACAGUCGACCGGCAUGACACCAAAGGAACUCUCGGAGAAUGAUGAUCUAGCGACUUCAUUAAUAUUGGAUCCACAUCUGGGGUUUCAAACUCAUAAAAUGAAUAUACGAUAUCGGCCACUCAAAGUCGAUAGUGCACAGUUGAAAUCUAUUGUAGAUGAUUUUAUUGCUACGCAAAAUUAUGAGGUGGCCGUCAAAAAAAUUUUCAAUGGGCCAUGGAUACCGCGCAGUUUUAAAAGUAAAACCAAGAUAACAUUUAAACGCCUACAUGAUCAUAUAAUACGUUAUUUACGCGUGUUUGACAAGGACAGUGGCUUUAUGAUUGAGGCAUGCUAUCGUUAUUCCCUCGAAGGACAAAAGGGGGCGAAGAUCAGCUCAACAAAACGUUGGUCAAAGAAUGACAAAAUCGAAUGCCUAGUUGGUUGCAUCGCGGAGCUGUCUGAAGCUGAGGAGGCAGCUCUUUUGCAUACAGGCAAAAAUGAUUUUUCGGUAAUGUACAGCUGUAGAAAAAACUGUGCCCAGCUAUGGCUUGGUCCGGCUGCCUACAUAAAUCAUGAUUGUCGCGCAAAUUGUAAAUUUGUUGCAACUGGCCGAGAUACUGCCUGUGUGAAGGUCUUACGAGAUAUCGAAAUUGGUGAAGAAAUUACAUGCUUUUACGGUGAGGACUUCUUCGGCGAUGGAAAUUGCUACUGCGAGUGUGAAACAUGUGAACGGCGCGGAACGGGCGCCUUUGCAGGGAAAGCAUUGAAAGGCCAUGCAGGUAGUGAUGCUAGUGCCUUGGCGAUGGGUUUGAAUGGAGCUUGUGUAAUUGGCAUAAACUCACAAGAUCCAUCUGUCAGCGGCGGUUACCGACUUCGUGAAACGGACAAUCGCAUUAAUCGUAUCAAAAGUCGAGCCAACUCUACAAAUUCAACCCACAUAGAUGUCAGUGCUUGUUCAACUAGUGCUGCGACCAUGACUGAAUGCUCGUCUGGAGCACAACCUGCAAAGAAUGUAGAUGGUGAAACAAGUAGUGCCGUUGACGGUGUUAGUAUUGAAAAUAUGAAGAAACAACAACCAAGCGUAGUUGUGACACCACUAACCAUGAAAGAACUACGACAAAAGGGGAUGACCAAGUACGAUGCAGAAAUGAUCAUGGCCAAUACAUACCAACGUCAUCAUCAUCAUUCACACCAUACACAUCAUCAAGACGGGAAUGCCAAACAGGCUGCAGAUGCAAUCCUCAUCAGCAAAGGAAGUGGCAACGGAUUUAACGUGGGUCGAGAUUCUCUUCGAAAAUCAGCUCGAGUUAAUAGCACCAGCAGCACUAUUUCCUCAGGUUCCGCAGAUGAGCAGCCUGCAAGUGCCGCUACAGCAGUAACACGUUUGGGUAGUGGCGGUGCGGCUGCGAAAGCUCAUGUCGUGAAUGCUGCAGUCGAACCAAAAUCUAGCGCGGCCACAAGCGUAUCACGGCGCACAAUAAGGAGGGGUGUUGGAAAUACAUUGCAGAAAGCCAACACGAGCAACAAACCUAGCGGCUACGUUACUCGCAGUAGUAUUAGCAGGCAUACACGAACUGCAGCUGUGACACAUUUAGAGGAAAGCGAAGAAAGCAAACAGUCGACUGCAAUGCCAGAAGAGUUUUGUGAUGAAGAAAAGAAACUACGCAUAGAUGUAGCAGAAAAUGGUAAAAAAGUGACGAAUGGAUAUGAAGAAGAAGAGAGUAUUUCGGUUUCUGCUGCAACAAUAAAAAAUAGUGAGAGAUCGGAAAGAACAAUACGCACGCGCAAUGGACUGAAUCGAGCCACCGCAAACGCUCCUUUGACAAACAACGGCGGUGGGCGUAUUUUGCGCAAUCAUAACCAACAUCUGUUCACAAUACACCAUAGUGAUGUCAGCGAAUCAGAUAAUGGCCUGGACGUGAAAUCAACUGCCACUGAUGCCCAUACGAAUCGUAAUGAUUAUAGUAGUAACAGUAGUUGUAAUGUCGGUAGUUUUAGCAGUAAUUGUAGUAGUAACAGUAGUGAUAAUAAUGAUGCAACUAAGUGUUUGAAAAAUGCGGGUGAUAGUUUACCGGCUAGCAGACGCUAUUCAGCAACAACACAACAGGAUAGCUCUAACUUACAAGAUGAUAAUGUUCAUAAUAGAAAUAGUGUUAGUCCUAGUUAUCGAAAAAAUUUAUUAGGAUCAUUUGAUGAAGCAUCUUUAAGUGCAAAGCAUACACAGCAAUUGGCUCAGGAGUUCUUUUCGCGAGAUGUGUUACAUACCCACGAACAGCGCAUUACACGUCGUACACAACGCAGCAAUACGAGGUCAGACCACAUUGUUAUGUUAACAAAUGGUAUAUCGACCCGCAAACGCACAUUAUCUCAAAAUAAAGAGCAAAAAUUGUUCGAUAGCAACAGCUGCAAUGGUACUAGUAACGCUGAUAAUGGCCUGACGGUAAAUGUGGAUAGGCAAGAAAGAGACACGACACCAGCAUUUACUGCCGCAGCCGUGGACACGCUGAUGAAAACGCCAGAACGUCGUUUAAAGCUGACGUUGCGUAUGAAACGUUCACCCAUUCUCGAUGAGGUUAUCGAAUCUGGUACAAGCCUCAGUGAUGAGAGUAGCAGUUUUAAUGGAUCCUUUAGUCGGGCCUCAUCACAUUCAGCCGAACCUGUUGAAUAUGAGAUUCUACGUAUGGAAGGUAUAUCUGAACAUGGUGGGGAGUUUGAAACCAUACCACUGAAACGAAAGAAGCGUCACAAAGCCAAGGAGCACCAUCACCAUCAUCGUCAUCGUGGUCGACAUCGACAACAUCAUCGCUAUAAUGGCGAUAAUGACAACCCAAAUGAAGUAUUGCAAACGACUGGUGCAGAGGUGAUGCCAACAGUACCGGGCGUACCAGCUGCUCAGUCCAGUCCUAAAGCCGUGGCGUCUGAUAUUAACGGUGGUGUUGUACAUACACCACAGAAAAAGCGGCUUCGUUUAAUAUUUGGUAAUGAGACGCACACAAUUGACAUUCCAGCGCUUAGUGCGAAUGCUAGCCUGAAUAGCACAACAUUCAAUACAAGCGGCAGCAGUGCUGAGUGUGAUGACAAUGAAAAUGAGACGGGCGAUAUGAGUGGGUCGAUUGCUUCGAAUGCUACCAACACCACAACUCCAUCGUCUGCUGUAACACCGCAAACUAGUGCCAGUGCCAGUGCCAAUACUAGUAUUAGCACACGUGCAAACGUCUCACUGUUGGCAAACGCUUCACACUCGUCCUCCACGGUGCCAACGGAGGCAGCAAUUUCGCCACAAUCCAACUCGAACUCGAGUUCGAGUUCAUCUACAAACUCAACUUUUGCCUCAGCCUGUUCCACGGCAUCGGUGUCGACGUCGUUACCAUUGCAGCAUGCCAAACAGGAGCGACAGGAGCAAAGUACUGCAGCGCCUCUAAUGGCAACGCCAACGCCAACGCCUUUUACACCGCUCACAGCCUUCUCUGCUGCUACGUUGACACCCAGCCCAUCUGCGAAUGUUCCGGCGUCGACGCCAAAUACUGUUGUAGCGCCACCGCUCUUGCAACAUAAAACCUUUACGCAUUUGCCGCAACAUCUGCAGACCUCCACAGUAUCGUCUGCUGCAGACGCUAUUCAACAACAUCCUAGUUUUAAUACUUUUCUGCAGCAUACACUCACUGGUGCUGUUGCGAACGCAGGCGUACCAAAGGCAGCACCAACUGUUAUACAGAGCAGCAAUUUGAAUAGUAUAACAACAACGCUUCCUGCACCGCCAUUAUUCCUAUCGCAGGCAAGCGCACCGAAGCAUACAUUCGGCUCAUGUGCCCUCCUGCCGCCGCCAACUUUCGCACGCAAUUUGAGCAGCAUUAGCGGACAUACUUUGACAUUGGCUGCCAGUGCGAUCGCGACAACAGGAACGGCCGGACACAGUGCGAUGGCAACAAAUGCGUCGUUGCGUGCACACAAUGUGCCAAUAACAACAACAGCACCCAACACAGCGUCGACAAUGUCAAGCAUAGGCACGUUGGUGGGUGGUGCCACUGUGAUGGUUAAAAAAGCUACUGAUCUCCUCAUGAAUUGACCUUCAUUUUUCAUUAUUUGCGGGUCGUCAUUGUAAAUUGCGUUUAUGAAUUGGGCAGGGAUAAGGCGUCGUCUGCUAACGCUAUAGUUGUGGCUGUGUUCUUGGCUGAAUGGUGGUGGUGCUGCUGCUGUUGGAUACGCCAGGCGCGUUACGGCAUAGCAUUACAUUUGCAUAAGUUGUUGUUGCAAAGUUAUUAUUGAAAAUUUUACAUGUAUAAUUUGUUUUCCCAUGUGACUGUUGUUGUGCUGUGUGGUAAAGUUAUGAGUGGUGUUUCUUUUUUUUUUGUUAGAGGCAUUUAUUAUCCAAAAUUUGAUUAGGAAAAAAUAACAAAAAAAAAAAAAAUAUGGUGAAAAGUGUGGUUAAAUAAGAACUAAUAAAGUUAUGUACGUAUUGUACAUACAUACAUAUGUAUACAUAUAUUUAAGGAACAUUUUCAUUUAGGUUUAAUUUUUAAAAGCAAAAUUAAAGCAUUUCGAAAUGUUAUUACAGUUGGGUAGGAAAAUUGUGUUGCGUUGAAAAUUUCCAUAGAUCCAAAUGCAUAUAAUACAUGUAAUUUGUAAACUUGUGCAAUCAAUAGUGGUUUAUUUGAAGUAAAAUUGCAUAACUUUCCAGAAAUAUUUAGAACUAUUUGAAUUUUUCGAAAUUUCAGUUAAAAAUAACAAAAAUAACCUUUUAUUAAAAAAUAUUCCCCAUGUUUCCCAGACGGAAUUUUCUCACUUAAACAAGAUAUAGCGUGUUUGGUGCACUGGCUACAAUAAAAAAUUUUCAAAUAAUUUUCUAAUAACUCAAAUAAAUAAAUCACUAUUGUAGUACCAAGCGUAUUGCAUGCCGUUAUAUUAAUAUUUUUACCUUAAAAUUUUGUUGCUGCUGCUCUAAUUUUUUUUCAUCAAGCUUAAGCAUAAAUAGUGGUGUGAAAAAUCGCUGACUUGAGUGUUGCGGGGUAGCAGUUUUAAUGUUGAAAGUUGUAGGUUUGUUGUUUCUGUUCAUUUUUUCAUAAAACUAUUGUUUGUAUGCAAGUAUUCUGUAUAGAAUAUGUGUAUGAUUUUGAUAUAUACAUAUAUUAUUUUCCAUUUUUUCUCUAUUUCAUU